GUGGACUUGGUGGCCACGGAAAAGGGCCUCCACUUUCUGCCGCAGCCGCUGCGGCCUCUCGUGCGCAAAGACAGCCAAGAAUGGGCCGCCUGGAAGCAGCGGGGGGACCCCGUGCUGCACAUAGAGCUGCGCCGGUGGGCAGACCUGUUUCUUAUAGCGCCUUUGAGCGCCAACAGCCUCGCCAAAAUAUCUUCUGGCCUUUGCGAUGACCUCUUGAGCUGCGUGGCGCGGGCCUGGAGCUACAGCAGCAAACCACUUGUUGCUGCUCCAGCAAUGAACACCGAAAUGUGGCAGCACCCAAUCACCAGCCAGCAGCUGCAGCAGCUGCAGCACUUCGGAGCCAAAAUUGUUCCCCCCGUGGCGAAGCGGCUCAUCUGCGGCGACACGGGCGUUGGCGCAAUGGCGGAGCCCCACACAAUCGCUUGUGAGGCUCUUGAGGCUUGGUGUCUCUUCUACCGCACAGGCAAGCUGCUGCAGCAGCAGCAGCAGCAGCAGCAACAGGAACAGCAGCAGCAACUGCAGAUACACGAGGAGCAGCAGCUCCAGCACCACCAACAGCACCUGAAGCACCAACGGCAACAGCAACUACAGCAACAGCAGCAGCAGCAAGAGCAGCUGCAACAGCAGCAGCAGCAAGAUUCGCACGAGCUGCAGGAACAGCUGGAGCAGCGGCAGCGGCAGCGACACAGAUUUGCUGCUGCCCUCGAGAAGCACCACUUUGCUGCUGCUGCUGCUCACCCCGAGCAGCAGCAGCAGCAGCGGCAGGCUGCGACUGUGUCUCCUAUGCAGCAGCAGCGCUUCGCAGCCGUUGAAGUAGAGCAGCAGCACUUUGCUCCUGCUGCGGCUGCCAGUGCCGCCCUUGCUACUGCCGCUGCCGCUGAGCCUGCAGAACAGCAGCAGCAGCAGCAGCAGCGCGAGCCCUCAUAG